AUGGAAAACCUCAGCCCAGCCACCGCCCUGGGCAGGGCCCUCUGGGCUCUCCUCCUGGCCACACUGGGCUCCACCUCUGGCCAGCCUUUUGGGGGAGAGUCCGUCUGCACAGCUAGAGCCCUAGCCAAAUACAGCAUCACCUUUACGGGCAAGUGGAGCCAGACAGCUUUCCCCAAGCAGUACCCGCUGUUCCGGCCCCCAGCACAGUGGUCUUCCCUGUUGGGGGCUGCACACAGCUCUGACUAUAGUAUGUGGAGGAAGAACCAGUACGUCAGCAAUGGGCUGCGGGAUUUUGCAGAACGUGGGGAAGCCUGGACUCUGAUGAGGGAGAUCGAGGCUGCCGGGGAGAAGCUCCAGAGUGUGCAUGGGGUGUUUGCAGCCCCUGCUGUUCCCAGUGGCACCGGGCAGACCUCCACGGAGCUGGAGGUCCACUCCAGGCACUCGCUGGUGUCCUUCGUGGUGCGCAUCAUCCCCAGCCCCGACUGGUUUGUGGGCAUUGACAGUCUGGACCUGUGCGAGGGAGGCCGCUGGAAGGAGCAGGUGGCCCUGGACUUGCACCCAUAUGACGCUGGGACAGACAGCGGUUUCACCUUCUCCUCCCCCAACUUUGCCACCAUCCCUCAGGACACAGUGACUGAGAUAACAUCCUCCUCGCCCAGUCACCCCGCAAAUUCCUUCUACUAUCCACGGCUGAAGUCCUUGCCUCCCAUCGCCAGGGUUACCCUGGUACGGCUCCGGCAGGGCUCAAGGGCCUUUGUGCCCCCGACCCUGGGCCUGGCCAGCAGGGACAACGAGAUUGUCGACAGCCUCUCAGGUCCAGAGACGCCACUGGACUGUGAGGUCUCCCUGUGGUCAUCCUGGGGGCUAUGCACAGGCCCCUGUGGGAAGUUAGGAGCCAAGACCAGAACGCGUUAUGUCCGAGUGCAGCCUGCCAAUGAUGGGACCCCCUGCCCCGAGCUCAAAGAAGAGGCUGAGUGUGUCCCUGAUAACUGUGUCUAA